AUGGUCAGCUCUACCACCAGCACCACAGAGGGCACUCAGACAACAACGAGUAGCCAGACGACAAUGCAGGCACCGUCCAGUGUGACCUCCAAGAUGACCACCAGCACCACGCCCAUACCUGUGCCUUUCUAUCUCUCGUAUCACAUCACCAACCGGGAAUUCAAUGAAAGCUUGUUGGAUCCCACCUCUUCUUAUUUCAAGGAGAUAAACGAAAGUAUUGGGCAGAUGAUCAGCAAAAGGAUGGGAGGGGAACCCUCUCUUUCCUAUGUGGAACAGUCCUAUUCCAAGUCGGGGCCUCUCAUCCCUGGGAAUCUAGGUUUAAACAGGGACCUUCCUGGGUCUAGCACUCUCGAUCCCACCCCUGAGUCAUCCACUGUCAACACUGAGUCACCCACCAUCAUCACCACCACCACAGGAGGCUCCACAGGCACCCCUGAACCAACCAUCACUGUCUCAACCACCCCAGGAGGCUCUACCACUAGCACUGAGCCACCCACCACCAUCUCAACCACCCCAGGAGGGUCCACAGCUAUCCCUGAACCACCCAUCACUGUCUCAACCACCCCAAGAGGCUCCACAGCCACCCCUGAAAAAACCACUGCCAGCUCCAAGACAACCACACUGGUCGGCUCCACCACCAGCAACACAGAGGGCACCCAGAGAACAACAACGCGUAGCCAGACGACAACAUCCAGUGUGACCUCCCAGAUGACUACCAGCACCACACAGAUGCCAGUGCCUUUCUACCUCUCGUACCACAUCACCAACAGGGAAUUCAACGAAAGCUUGUUGGAUCCCGCCUCUACGUACUACCAGGCGAUAAAUGAUAGUAUUGGGAUGAUGUACCAGAACAUCUACGGCUGUCUUACGUGCGCACGCAACAAUGAGUACCGAGGAUACAAAAUAAUUGCAUUUCGGAACGGCUCGGUUUCAGUAGAUUCAGUGCUGUAUUUCGAGACAGAAGAACCCCCUAAAGUGCUUGCAAUGUCAGCGCGGGACACUUUUGAAAACGCAACUGAAGCCCAAAGGGAGAAUUUCACAGUGGGUUCGAUCCAAGGGUCGAGCACUCCCCCCACCCUUGAGCCACCCACUGCCAACACCGAGUCACCCGGCACUGAGACAACCACACAGGAGAGCCCCACCGCCAGCACUGAGACCACCACUCCGGUGAGCUCUGAUGGCAGCACCAAGUCACCCAGCACCAGCACAACUCCCCCGAAAAGCUCCACCACCAGCACUGAGUCGACCACUUCCCACAAGACAACCCCCACCACACCAACAUUUCAAGUGACCACCCAGAAGCCCACCAGCGCCAUGGUGUCUUUUUUUCUCUCGUAUCUCAUCACAAACCGAGAAUUCGACGACACCUUGUUGUAUCCCACCUCUUCGUACUACAAGCAGAUAAAUGAUAGUAUUGGGAAGAUGUACCAGAACAUCUACGGCUGUCCUAAAUGCACACGCAAAAAUGAGUACCGAGGAUACGAAAUAGUUGGAUUUCGGAAGGGCUCUAUUAGGGUAUGGUCCGUGUUGUUUUUCGAGACAGAACAGUCUUCUGAAGAGCUGGCCGUGGCAGCAUUGGAGACUUUUGAAAAAGCAGACCCAAGCCUACGGGAUGAAUUAUCGGUGACUUCGGCCCGAGGAAGCUCUGCCCCAAUGCCAAUACCUGAUCCCCCCGCACCCGUACCAGGCUAUGGCAUCGCACUCCUCGUCUUGGUUGCCAUCCUUCUGCUGCUAGCCAUCAUUGCCUUCCUCCUGCUGAUUAUCUACCGUUGUCGACGAAACCACCGUGGCCGCCUUGAUCUGCUCCACAGCCAGGAGUCCUACCAUCCCAUGAGCGAGUAUCCGACAUACCACACGCACGGGAGAUACGCUGCACCAGUCCCCAAGUCCAAUCUUUACAGUGAAAAACCGCCCACCAAUGGCACCAGCCCUUUCUCCUACACCAACCCUGCAAUGGCCAACGACAACCUUUAGGGGGUGCACUUCCCACAGCUAGACUCCAGGGGGGAGGGGGUGGCAGGUUGAACCUGGCUGGGCCAGGC